AGCGUUAGAGGGUCCACUUUCCUGCAAGGAAGAAUUCUUAUAGAGUGGCGUGACCUCUUGUACACAAUGACAGGCCUGCAAAACUGUGUUACAAAAGUACACCUUUAACAUUAAAAUCUAGUCCUGAAAUAAAAACUGGCCCCAAGACAAUCCACAGACUGCACAUUUCUCGUUUGGAAAUCCUGUAGGAAAUCUAUAAGUUUAAGCAGAAGCUCACUGAUACGAGAACUGUCAUACCGUGCAUGGAAACCGCAGAAGAGGCAGACAGCAAUAGAACACAGGGAUAGUUUAUAGAAGUGCGACCUACCAGUGGACCCCUCCAACCACCUGCCCCGUAGUUCUAGCAAGUCUUUGGCCAGAACAAAGAAAUACAAAGAUGAUUUUAGGUACUUUAUCCCUUACUCUCGCGACGAAACUUCUUUUCAUGUGUACAAGUGCCAGUGAAAGCGUCGAGGGACUUAUUUUCCAAAAGGAAUAUUGCACAACAGUAGCGGACGCAACGACGCGUUUGUCGUUCACCACGGUAUCUAGUAGGUCAGGAUGUGCCGUGAUGUGCAUACCUCCUUGUGUAUCUUUUCUGGUGAGCGAGGUGAGUGUUGGAAGUGUGUUCCAGUGCGCACUGUUGUCGGACACUCUCGAUCUUCCCGCUAGCACCGACUGCACGGAUGUGGCGGCGACGGUUGGUGUGUACAUUGACCUUGACUGUCCCGUCAAGUCUCCAUGGCCGGAGUGCACCAGUGACUGCGAUGCCGAGAGAGUUGUGGGCGGCACCAAGUACUGUCUGAGAAACCGAUACUCCAGACAGACCCAGCCGGCCGCCCGGGCGACUUGUCAGGCCGAGGGGGGAGACAUAGCAGAGGCCGAGACCCUGGACGACGUCGCCUUCUUACGCCAGUUCGUUAGC